AAACGUUUUGUAACGUUGUAUAUAAGUAUAUUUGAUAUUUCGUUGUCUUUUAAUUCCUUUAUGAAGGAAAAAAGAAGUGCAGACAUCAAUUUUCAAGGUUACCCGGAACUAUUUUAAGCGAGGACAAAUAAUCAGUUUCAUUGUACGCAUGUCUGUUAUUAAUAGGGAUCCCGGCUUGUUUUCCUGAAAUAUUUUCAAGUUGGGAAAGAAUGGGCAAAAAACACAAGAAGCAUCAUAAAUCUGAUAAGAAAAUACUCGAGCUUGAGGAGAAGCCAUCUGAAAAACCACUGAAAUUGGUAUUAAAAGUUACUGAACCAGUACCUGAAGUAUAUACUGGGGACACUGAAGAACGUAGGCAUAAACAUAAAAAGAAGAAAAAGAAAAAAUCCAGUGAAAAAGAAAAACACAGACACCAUGAAGAUGGACGUCCACAUAAAAGAGAGCGUGAUGAAUAUGAAUCUGAAUUACAUUCACAUUCUCCACCAUACUCCUCCCCUGCAGCAAAACAGUUAUUUUUGUCACCUCCUACAUCCACUCCGCAUCCUCCAGAUAAAGCAGCUGAAGAUGAUGAGCCUAUUGAAAAACGGAUGAAACUGUCUAACCAAGAAGAGGAACCAAGUAACAUGAAGACGUUCCUUAAGUAUAUGACAAAGCAAUUCCAAAGGAAAGAUACCCAUGGUUUCUUCGCCUUCCCAGUUAAUGAUGUCAUUGCUCCCGGUUAUUCAAGUAUCAUUCAAAAGCCCAUGGAUUUCAGCACAAUUCUUUCUAAAGUAGAUGACGAAGAGUAUGCUAGCACAAAAGAAUUCAAAAAAGAUUUUAUUCUUAUGUGUCAGAACGCUAUGAUCUACAACAGACCUGAGACUAUUUAUUAUAAAGAAGCGAGACGUUUACUUCACAUGGGAGUAAAACAAUUGAGCAAGGAGAACCUCCUUGGUAUGAAGCGUAACCUCGAUUUUAUGAAUGAAUUGACCAUGGAGGAACUUGGUCUGGAAGAUGAAAGUGAAGAUAACAUUAUCGGUGUCAAUGAUGAUAAUUUUGAUUCCGUCACAGAUGACCAGCAUUCCAAAGAAAAGAAGCACAAAAAACAGAAAACAAGCUUGAGUCGAUUUGAAGCGAUUCCCGAUAAUAUGACACCUGAAGAAAUUUUGGCACAAGCUCGUGCUGCAGCAAAAGAAGCCGCUGAUCUGCUUACAUUGAGACAACCGAAAGCACAGUAUGGUUUCUUAAGACGACGGAAAGAUGGUAGUACAUCUUUGACCAUCUUGAACCCAGAAAAUGAUGGAAAAGUCAGUGAUACUGAAAAAGUUGUGAACCUUGGAGCCUUGGCAUCAAAACUAACUAAUGGAACCGGAGUUCUAACAGGUUUUAAAGAAGAUAAGCGCAACAAGAUCUCUCCUGUGUCGUAUCUUAAUUAUGGUCCAUUCAGCAGUUAUGCUCCGUCGUUUGAUUCAUCUUUUGCCAACAUCACUAAAGAAGAAUCUGAUAUGCUUAUGACAACAUAUGGUGAUGAAACAGGAGUACAGUAUGCCAAAAGUAUAAUGGCCUUUGCAGAUUCUACAGGGGAUUACACUAUUAAAAUGGUUGACAAUCUAUUAGAUGUUCUAACAAACGGAGAACACAGCCGUGUGCAAGGACAAAUUGACCAACGGAAGAAAGAAGAAAGUAAGAAACAAGCUCAAGCUGCAGCUGAACUUGACCAAGCAAUGGCUGCUGCUAGUGCAGAUACAAGCUCACAGGACCCAUACGAUGUUGACUUCGAAUCUCUGAAAACUUUGUCAAGUGACCUUGGAAUGGAUUUGUCAUUCCUGGAUCAUUUUGAAAAGGAAAUCAGCAAAGAGAAGGAAUUACAGCAAAAGUUAGACUACACUGCAGGUCUUAUUCAAGAUCUUCAUUCCACACAGCAUGAUCGUCUCAGUGCUAAACCACCAGUUCAUCUGGCCUUUGUUCCUGGGCCUUCACAAAAGGAAGCACAACUUGCCAAUAAAGUAACUCAAGAACUGCGAGAAUUAGCCAAACAGGCUAAUCCAGGUGCUGUUGUCAGUGUUAAAGCUCUACGUAAUGCCAUGGGGAUUUCAAAUAAUCCCAUUGAUGAUCUCCUAGAUCCUUACAAUCUGGAUGAUGAUGAUAACGGUCAAGCUUUGUUGUCUGCUGUCGGACAAGGAGAAGAGUCUGCUUUACCAAUGGACAUAGAACAAGAGCUUAACGACUUUCUUGAACAGGGUUCCUUGUUGAAGCCUAGCCAGUCACCCAAAGAUACCAAAGUUGGUUUGGAUCAGAACACUGCUCUUUAAGUUGACUGAAUUAAUUAUUUUGAUUUUGAGAAGAGUGACGAACCAUAAACGAAUAUACAAACAAAACAGAACAUUCAUAUUUGAUUGCCUAUUAUUUUGGUAUUCCACCACAGUUUAUCAUAAUUUUUUUUUUUUGUUUUUUAAACCAUUCCCAUUGUUUUAUCAAUAUAUUUGGAACUCAUUUGUUUUUAUAUACAGAUAUAUUUCUCUCAAUGAUUUAUCUUUCCAACAUUUACACAUGUAUUUUCAUAUUCCACAUGUACCUUCUCUUCCUCUUCCCUUUUUUCAGAAGUUAUUAGUCAAGUUACCCGAUUUAUACAUAUUGUUUAUUUCCUCAUCCUAUUUAAUCCCGAGCCAUUAAAGACCAGCUAAAGUUCAAAAUCUGUUCAUCAUUUGUCACACUCACUCUCCAACAGGGUAUGAGACGUUUUGGCACAGCCGUUUUGGCAUCACUGGUUCCAUGCUGACUUACUUGACAUCGGCUAUUUUACUGUUUCUCUCCUUUUGAUUUUACUCUCUGUAAAUGUAUUGAAGAGAGGUGAAAGUGCUUAAGUCACUUGCGUUCAAUUAAUGAAUUGUAUUCUCUCUCUCUCACUCUCUGAUUGAACAUCUAGUUAUGUUUGCAUGUGUAAUGCCCCCCUCUCUCUAUAUAUAUAUAUUUUAUAAUUCUGUACAUGUGUGUGUGUGUGUGCAUGUAUGUUUACCUCCAGCACCAUAAAGUACCAUCAGCAAAAUAGACUGAAUGUCCAAUCAGCUGUGUCAAACCAUCAGCGCCCAAACAGCUGCACCCAAUCGUCUCACCCCCAUCUCCAACACCUAUUUGUUAUGGAUCACCAAAAUUAGCAUUAUUCAAACAGCCGACACUUCAUUAAUGUCGCAAUUAGUGCUCGAAUCUUCAUUUGGACCUUGAUCAACUUGGAAAUAUAUAUAUAUAUUCCACUUUUCUCAUCACUCAUCAGCAAGUUCUUUUUUUUUUUUUUUUUUUUGUCUCCUUCAUUCAAACAUUUUUGAAAGAAGAAAUCUUCUCUCUGUCUUCUAAUCCUUUAAAAAAAUUUUAUUCUUCCUUAAGAACUACAUUGUCGAUGAAACCUUACAGAAAACACUUCACCUUUCAUCUGUUGUUAAUAUUGUACAUCUAUUUAUUGGUGGUUGUUUCAUUUAGUAUUCAUUGCUGUAUUUUUCAUUUAUUUUUUUAACGAAAGAAAAAUUAUAUCAAACACUUAUGUACAGAAUAGAAGUAAACUGAAAUUAUUAUUAUUAUUAUUAUUUUUUUUUUUUUACAUUUUACUUCUGAAGAAUUGUAGUAGCAGUAGAAACAAUGCAGAGGGCAGCAGGCCUAAUCAGAUUCCUUCUUGUAUCUUGUUCAGUGGCUCAUAGUUUUUAAAACAUGGAUAGCUUUUGAUCCAUUGAUUCAAUUAUACUUUUAUCUGCUUCUGUUAAUGGCCAUGUGACUAGCUAAAACAAAAACAAAAACAAAAAAUGUAAAUAAGUGUAAAGAAAGAAUACACUGAUUUCUUUUUAACUUUCUAUUCUUUGAUUGUUUAACAAAAGCAAAAAAAAUAAAUAAAUUAUCUUGCACAAGUUUGAUAAAUAGGACCAAUUGCUUAACUUUUCCUGAUCAGAUAUAUUUCUUAAUCCCUGUUGAUUUCAGGGGAGAUAAGGAAGGAUGGACUAAAACAGCUUCUUGUCAUCUGGACCAGGAGGAAUUCAAGUCCACAUUGCAAGCAAUUGAAACCUCUAUCAACUUACUGCUGCUGCUGCUUAUAAUGAAAUGUACCACCUCAUGGAAUCUAUUUAUGAAUAGGAGGGUCAUUGAUACCUGAGACUCAACUAUGAAAACCUUCAGCUUUCCACUGAAAAAUCCACUGAAACAUUUAGAUACCUGGGGUUGUAAACCUGUCUUCUUGUUCUUAAACGUUAGAAAGGCAGUGAGCUGGCAGAAUUGUUAGUAUCAGAAAAAAAUGCUUUGUGGCAUUCAUUCCUGUUGUUAACGUUCUGAGUUCAAAUCCUGCCAUGGUCAACUUUGCCUUUCAUUCCUCUAAGGUCAACAAAAUAAGGUACCAGUCAUGUACUGGGGUUAAUGUUAUUGACUAAUCCCCCCUCCCGCUGAAAAUUGCUGGCCUUGUGCCAAAAUUAGAAUUCUUUAUUAAAUGUCAGAAGUCUGAAACUUUAAAAUUUUAUCACUUACAAAUUAAUAUUUUCACUUUAAGAAUUACCAUUAUCAAUCAUAUUAAUUAAAAACAUCAUCAACAUUUUUCUUUAACCAAAGUUCAAACUUUGGAAGAGAUUAACCACUUUGAUACUGUCUAUCAAUUCAAAAACUGAUUUACUAUUAGUUUCAGUUUACACAAAAAAAAAAGAAAGAAAGAAAAAAAGCAAAUGAAGUCUCUAUUACCAAUUUGAAUUAAAUAUUUUGCUUAAUUAAUAAAAACAAAAUCUUUCCAAUAA